UCUUGUAAAGCGGAGAAGAAGGAGGUGGCUGCUCUGGGCUCCGGGAAGCCGUUCGGGCUGGGGCUGCCGGCCGCGGGGCGGAGGCACUCGCGCGGGGGGUAACUCGGGUCUGGGUUCGGGUGCCGCGCAGUUCUCGCCGUCUAAAAGUUGGUUUUAAUUGGUUGCCCACAGGAUUGACUUGACCUCUACUUCUUGUUAAGAAAAUACAUCUCUUAUUUUAUCAGGUGUGUGUGGUUUCAGCGCAGCAUGGCUGUGGUCAUCCGUUUGCAAGGUCUCCCAAUUGUGGCGGGGACCAUGGACAUUCGCCACUUCUUCUCUGGAUUGACCAUUCCUGAUGGGGGCGUGCAUAUUGUAGGGGGUGAACUGGGUGAGGCUUUCAUCGUUUUUGCCACUGAUGAAGAUGCAAGGCUUGGUAUGAUGCGCACAGGUGGUACAAUUAAAGGGUCAAAAGUAACACUGUUGUUGAGUAGUAAAACGGAAAUGCAGAAUAUGAUUGAACUGAGUCGUAGGCGUUUUGAAACCGCCAACCUAGAUAUACCACCGGCAAAUGCUAGUAGAUCAGGACCGCCACCUAGCUCAGGAAUGAGUGGCAGGGUGAACUUGCCUACAACAGUACCCAACUUUAAUAAUCCUUCACCCAGUGUAGUUACUGCCACCACUUCUGUUCAUGAAAGCAGCAAAAACAUACAGACAUUUUCCACAGCCAGCGUAGGAACGGCUCCUCCAAAUAUGGGGGCUUCCUUUGGGAGCCCAACGUUUAGCUCAACUGUUCCGAGCACAGCCUCUCCGAUGAACACAGUCCCCCCUCCACCAAUUCCUCCAAUCCCAGCGAUGCCAUCUUUGCCGCCAAUGCCGUCUAUUCCCCCAAUACCAGUUCCUCCUCCGGUACCUACAAUGCCUCCUGUGCCUCCUGUGCCCCCAAUUCCCCCAGUCCCUUCUGUGCCACCCAUGACCCCACUGCCACCCAUGUCAGGCAUGCCACCUUUGAACCCGCCACCUGUGGCACCUCUGCCUGCUGGAAUGAAUGGCUCUGGAGCACCUGUGAAUCUGAAUAAUAACCUGAACCCUGUGUUUCUGGGUCCAUUGAAUCCUGUUAACCCUGUCCAGAUGAACUCGCAAAGCAGUGUGAAACCACUUCCCAUCAACCCUGAUGAUCUGUAUGUCAGUGUGCAUGGAAUGCCCUUUUCUGCAAUGGAAAAUGAUGUCCGAGAUUUUUUCCAUGGGCUCCGUGUUGAUGCGGUGCAUUUGUUGAAAGAUCAUGUAGGUCGAAAUAAUGGGAAUGGAUUGGUUAAGUUUCUCUCCCCUCAAGAUACAUUUGAAGCUUUGAAAAGAAACAGAAUGCUGAUGAUUCAACGCUAUGUGGAAGUUAGUCCUGCCACAGAGAGACAGUGGGUAGCUGCUGGAGGCCAUAUCACUUUUAAGCAAAGUAUAGGACCUUCUGGACAAACCCAUCCCCCUCCUCAGCCACUUCCCAGGUCAAAAUCGCCCAGUGGGCAGAAAAGGUCAAGGUCAAGAUCACCGCAUGAGGCUGGUUUUUGUGUUUACUUGAAAGGGCUGCCAUUUGAAGCAGAAAACAAACAUGUCAUUGAUUUUUUUAAAAAGUUGGAUAUUGUGGAAGAUAGUAUUUACAUUGCUUAUGGACCCAAUGGGAAAGCAACGGGUGAAGGCUUCGUAGAGUUCAGGAAUGAGGCUGACUAUAAGGCUGCUCUGUGUCGUCAUAAACAAUACAUGGGUAAUCGCUUUAUUCAAGUUCAUCCAAUUACCAAGAAAGGUAUGCUAGAAAAGAUAGAUAUGAUUCGAAAAAGACUGCAGAACUUCAGCUAUGACCAGAGGGAAAUGAUCUUAAAUCCGGAGGGGGAUGUCACCUCUGCCAAAGUCUGUGCCCAUAUAACAAAUAUUCCCUUCAGCAUUACCAAGAUGGAUGUUCUUCAGUUCCUAGAAGGAAUUCCAGUGGAUGAAAAUGCUGUACAUGUUCUUGUUGAUAACAAUGGGCAAGGUCUAGGACAGGCAUUGGUUCAGUUUAAAAAUGAAGAUGAUGCACGUAAGUCUGAACGCUUACACCGUAAAAAACUUAAUGGGAGAGAAGCUUUUGUUCAUGUAGUUACUUUAGAAGAUAUGAGAGAGAUUGAGAAAAAUCCUCCUGCCCAAGGAAAAAAGGGGUUAAAGAUGUCUGCGCCAGGUAAUCCUGCAGUUCCAGGAAUUCCCAAUGUGGGAAUGCCCAAUGCAGGAUUGCCCAGUUCAGGAAUGCCCAGUGCGGGACUGCCUAAUGCGGGAAUGCCCAAUGCAGGAAUGCCUGCUGCGGGAAUGCCCAAUGCAGGAAUGCCUGCUGCAGGAAUGCCCAAUGCAGGAAUUCCCAGUGCAGGAAUGCCUGCUGCGGGAAUGCCUGGUGUGGGAAUGCCCGGUGCAGGAAUGCCUAGUGCAGGAGGUGAAGAGCAUGCCUUCUUGGCUGUAGGAUCUAAGGAGGCCAACAGUGGGCCUCCAUUUAACUUUCCUGGUAAUUUUGGUGGGUCAAAUGCCUUUGGACCACCACUCCCUCCUCCAGGAUUAGGAGGGGCCUUUGGUGAUGCUAGGCCUGGAAUGCCUUCAGUUGGAAAUAGUGGUUUGCCUGGUCUAGGACUGGAUGUUCCAGGUUUUGGAGGUGGACCAAAUAAUUUAAGUGGACCAGGAUUUGGAGGGGGCCCUCAAAAUUUUGGAAAUGGCCCUGGUAGCUUAGGUGGUCCCCCUGGCUUUGGAAGUGGGCCCCCUGGCCUUGGAAAUGCCCUUGGGCAUUUGAGUGGGCCUCCAGCCUUUGGUCCUGGCCCUGGCCCUGGCCCUGGCCCAAUCCACAUUGGUGGUCCUCCUGGCUUUGGAUCUAGUUCUGGAAAACCAGGACCAACAAUAAUUAAAGUACAGAACAUGCCCUUCACUGUGUCUAUUGAUGAGAUUUUAGAUUUCUUUUACGGUUAUCAAGUGAUCCCAGGCUCAGUGUGUUUAAAGUACAAUGAAAAAGGUAUGCCCACCGGUGAAGCUAUGGUGGCUUUCGAAUCUCGGGAUGAAGCCACAGCUGCUGUCAUUGACUUAAAUGACAGACCUAUUGGUUCUAGGAAAGUAAAACUUGUAUUAGGGUAGCUGUUCACAUCAUUCUUCCUAGGGUAGAUAUAGUCUUCAUAGUGCUGUGAUUAAUGCAUUCAGAUUGUUUUCCUAGUGUUUCCAGGUUAGAACCUGUGGAUUGUUUCAAUUGCAUAUAGAUUGGUUUCCAUAACAUAGAGUGUUGGUUGACUGUUUACAGAUGACUCACUACCGAGAUAAACAUUGCUGUAUGUUAUAGUAAAGCUGUCUUGAGAGAACACAAAAAUGAUUUUGGCAUACCAUUAGACAAACCAUUUGUAAAACUCAAAUGACCACAUAAAGCUUAUCAAGGAGUCUAGAUUGGUUUUUGUUUUAUACCAUAUGGAUGAAGAAGAUAGAAAUGUCAUUAGAGCUCAUUAAGGGUGCUCUUGCCAGCUGCUGAAAAAUAGAAG